AUGGCCACCACUAGAGUCUCCUCUUUCUUCUGUCCUUCUCUGUAUAUUACCAUCCCCCUCCCAAUUUCUUUGUCUACCUCUCCAGCCAAAAAGGAGCAGGAUGGAGGAGAUGACAAGAAGCAGCCGCAGAAGAAGAAGGUGAAGGAGCUGAAGAUUCUUGACUCCAAGACUUCACAGAACCUCUCAAUUUUCCUGGGAUCAUUCCGUCUCCCUUAUGAAGAGAUCAAGAAUGCCAUCCUGGAGGUCAAUGAGAAGAUCCUAUCGGAAUCCAUGGCUCAGAACCUGGUCAAACAACUGCCAGCACCAGAGCAACUGAGUGUCCUGGGAGAGAUGAAGGAUGAAUAUGAUGACUUGGCUGAAGCCGAACAGUUUGGAGUAGUGAUGUCCAGCGUGAAGCGACUGAUGCCACGGCUUCAGGCCAUCCUGUUCAAGCUGCAGUUUGAGGAGCAGCUCAACAACAUUAAGCCAGAUGUGGUUUCUGUGACAGCAGCCUGCGAGGAGCUCAGGCAAAGCGAGACCUUCUCCAAGCUGCUGCAGAUCAUCCUUCUUGUUGGGAACUUCAUGAACUCUGGUUCUCGCAAUGGAAAAGCAUUCGGCUUCUCCGUAUCAUACCUGUGCAAGCUGCGUGACACCAAAUCAGCUGAUCUGAAGCAGACACUUCUCCAUUUCCUGGCUGAUGUGUGCCAGGAGCAGUAUCCUGAGAUUAUGAGCUUUCCAGAUGAGCUCAUCCAUGUGGAAAAGGCCAGCCGAGUUUCUGCAGAGACAAUUCAGAAGAACCUAGAGCUGAUGGGCCGUCAGAUCAAGAACCUUGAGAAGGAUCUGGAAACCUUCCCUCCUCCACAAAAUGACAAGGACCUGUUUGCAGAGAAGAUGUCCAGUUUUGUGAUCAGUGCCCAUGAGCAGUAUGAGAAGCUGGAUCUUAUGCAUAAGAAUAUGGAGAAGCAAUAUACUGACCUUGGAGACUAUUUUGUCUUUGACCCGAAAAAAAUUUCUGUAGAGGAAUUCUUCGGGGACCUCAACACCUUUAAAAACAUGUUCCAGCAAGCAGUGAAGGAGAAUCAGAAGAGGAAGGAAACUGAAGAGAAGAUCAAGAGGGCCAAGCUGGCGAAGGAAAAAGCAGAGAAGGAGAAGGAGGAGAAACUCAAGAGGAACCAGCUCCUUGACAUCAACGCAGAGGAUGAUGAAACUGGUAUCAUGGAUGGCCUGUUGGAGGCGCUGCAGUCCGGCGCUGCUUUCAGGAGAAAGAGAGGACCCCGGCAAGCAGCCAACCACCGACGAGCUGGUCAUGCAGUGACCAACAUCCUGGCCAAAGAGUUGAUGCAGGAGGACACGCCUUCAUCAAGUAAACUGCCCGCAAAGAAGAAGUCAGAUGAGAAAGAGGAGGCUAAACUAGAGGGGGCAGAGUCAUUGGAGGAAUUACUGGAGGUUGCUCCCUCUCGUUCUAAUUAGGCAGAGCAGGCAGAAAGUUUUUACUCAGAGUCAGUGAUAUCCCAACGCAGGUAAAUUUCUUAGACAUUCCAGGGGCCAAUAUCAAUCUGAGAUUAUCUUAGUGAAAAAAGGCCUGUGUUCUUCUGACCUUUGUCUUAACAGGACCAUCUUUUAGGGUAGCACUGACUGUGUCUUCUGUGAGGACUGAGAGAGGUAGAGGAUGAAGGCGGGGCUCUCAACUCAACUCUCGAAUGUCCCUCAUUAACAUUUGGAUGUUUGCCAGUCAUAUAAAAAUGUUAAUUGCUUUGUUCACCAUGUGCACAUAUCUGUUAACGUAUUCUUGUCUGUUUCUGUUCUCUGUAUUUCUGCAUCACUGAAUUCACUUGUCUUUCACGAGCGGGCAUCUUGAGGAAUUCCAAAGACUUACUCAGGAGGGAGCCACCCUUUAUUUUGCGGUUAUUUCCAAAUUCUAAAUUUAACUUUGGAACGUCUGGAAUUAGGCACAUCCUACAACAGCUUCAUAGGUUUCUCUGGAUGUUUCAGCCAUGAUCACUUUGCGCUUUUUUUUUUUUAAUCUAUAGAACUUAUUGUGUUAUAUCUGUCUAAUAUACUGUAUGUAACUGUCUAAUAUACUGUGUAAAUGUUAAUCAUUUUUGCUGUAUUAUUGAAAAAAGUGCCAACCAGUAGAAAUCCAGUCUUGUCAUUUCACCUCCAGGUUUUGUCCAGUCACAGUUUGCACUGGGGUGAUGUGUGGAGCAGUCAUCACCUGGGUGUUUCAGUGUGUUGUUUGUUUAAUGAGAGGGGAUUUAGUUCACUUGUUUGCAUGCAUCAGUUACAUAUCACAUAAAAAUGAGGAUAAUUUACAUAAACUUGUCUACGCUGUAAUGCCACACAUGCCUAUAACAGUUACAUGAAGAAAACCUUCUUUCAUCCAUGAACAUGAACACUCUCAUAAACCCCAGAGGGAAGUAUAGUUAGAUGGGAAGAGAAAGUUCUUUCACAGUCAGUUAAACCAAAAAAGAAACUUUGCAUUUUAAAAGGGUGUUUCCAUACAAAAGCUGGCCUGAGCAGUUUACAUGCCUGUGUGUUUCUGUGUAUGAGAAUGUCAGUGUGUGUGUGUGUGUGUGUGCAGUAAGCCACCUAUAUUUAGUUUUGUGUGCGCAAUCGACUCCCUAAAUUUGUGUGUGUUUGUGCAUGUAGGUUUGAGUGUGUGUUGCCAUCUGUAAUUACUGUAUGGUACCGACUAUGCUGUCAUAAAUGUUAGGUUUCAUAAACAGCUUUGUGGUCUUUCUGCUGAGGAUGUAGCACACUGGAAAACUGCCCAAAAACUGCUGAGACAAGUAUGUGUUUGUUCAGUUGUCUGUGUGUGUGUGUGUGUGUGUGUGUGUGUGUGUGUGUGUGUGUGUGUGUGUGUGUGUGUGUGUGUGUGUGUGUGUGUGUGUGUGUGUGUGUGUGUGUGUGUGUGUGUGUGUGUGUGUGUGUGUGUGUGUGUGUGUGUGUGUGUGUGUGUGUUCAGUUGUCUGUGUGUGUGUGUGUGUUUUCACCUGCUUCCCCUCCCACUGAACUGCAGCAGUAGUUGCUGAAUGUCUGGCCUUGCCUUUGUUGGUAUUCAGUAGCCAUCAGCAAACAUGUUGCCAUGAUGUUGUGGUGUAAUAUCUGACAGGAGUCCUGAGAGGUGAUGUCAGCUGCUCCAUGCAAUAUUUAUUCCUAUGCAAACACAAUACUGUAGCGUGCACCUUUGCCCUGAUAUCCAGCCAGCGUCAGGAUCCAAAAACCACUGGGGGGACUUUAGUGGUCUUUAUAAAAUAACAGAUUUUUUUUCUCAACAACACCAGCAAUCACAUGACAUCUAACAUAAAAAAUUGAGCGCCUUUGGAUGUUGAGGAACUGGCACUUAAACAACAUAACAACAAAUGAGGUUCUUUAAGAACAGUAGGUGUAGAAAUUCCUUGUUCUGAUCAAGUGCUGCUGCCUCAGUUUAAUCCAGUAACACUUAAAAUAAUUAGGUGCUGUGCCCACUCUGAAGCACAAAAUAUGUUGUAGCUGUAUUUAAACCACAGACACAAUUCCUGUUUCAUCCUUCUGCCCAUCUCUACAAGUGGACAGUGCCAGGUGACUGUGUGUACCAGAUACCAGCUGUCCAACAUUAAGGAGAGAGAAUAUCAGAACAUCACUGGAAUGUUAGCUGUUUUUUGUUUUUUUAUUUGAGUCAUUCCUUUUGCUCAUAACGUCUUUUUUAAGAGAGUGUUUUCUAUGUGGAUUUUUACAAUUGAUUAUUUUAAUGUAUUUGAAUUGUGACAAUUUUUUUCUCAGAUUUCUCUAUGUACACAGAAUAAUGCACAUGGUCAUUCUGUUUGCUGCACAGAACUGUUAAAAUGUCUUAAAUAAAUUGAUCUGAUUUCAUUAAUCUUU